GACAGCCUGCCUGCCCGGGCCAGCAGCUCCCUUGCCCGGCUAGGAAAUACGACCAGGGUCGCUUCAGGACGGAGCGGAGUGAAGACUCUGGAAAAACAACACAAAGCAGCGGACUGGCAAAAACCCAAGCAGGGGGGUUAAAGUAAAUGACUAGUUGUUUUUGUUUUUACCUUGAGUACAUGAGGAACAUGUUUUCUCUGUAGCUUUAUUGGACUCACAUGUGAGAGAGGAUAUUUUUUUCGCAUUUUUCUCCAUUGCUUUCACUGCGCUGAUACUGUACAUCAGCCUGCCGAGCAUCGUGAAGGACCAGCCGCACUCCCGCUGCUCGUCUUCCGCUGCUCUCUCCUCCUUAGGGCUUGGGAAUGUGUGGAUGCUGUGGUGCUUUACUCUUACAUGUUUACAUUUAAUAACCUAUCCUGUGAGUGAGAUAAACUAGAAUGAGACCAGGAAACAACAGUGGGUAAACCAACAUAACAUAUUAAGUACUGAGGUCGAGGGAAGCUGUGACGGACACAAGGAGCAGGAGACAGGGGAGAGGAGGAGUCGCAGCAGGAGGAGAACUAAAAGCCUGCAGGUUUGUUGCCUGUGGGGAUGAGGACUAGCAGGGACGUAACACAUCCAAGGUGUCACUGUGAUUAGAAGAGAGGGAGCUGGACGAGGAGAGGCAUUGGAGUCCACGCUGUACCCAAUCCAAGGAGGCGGUGAUGGCGGGUGAAGGCACCGGGGUUCACACACUCCGUCAGCCGACCGCAGCCCUGUCAGCAGCCGCAGCAGCAUGAGGAGGAAGAGGUACGCAACAUUGCACGUCUCAUCAGUCCUCCAUAUCCUCAUUAUUCAUUUAGCCUUCCCCACCCUCCUCUCCUCUCCAUUACAUCCAACCAUCCACCCUUGCCAGCCUCCUUGACGAAUUAGAGACAGCAAACACAGAGGAGGUGACCCUUAUCAUAUCCUGAAGGAGACGAGACAUCGGGCAUGACCUUGUGUUUGUCUACAGUUCCAAAGAAGAGCCAGGGAGAAGCCUUCAUGGCCAGAGAAACAUUGCUUUCCUUGCUCCAUUUGGAGCUCUUUUAACCCUGCUGCAAGCUGCACUGGGGGGCUCAAACGUUCCCCUGACUCCACCAGGAGGCUCACUCCAACCCAUCUGCCAGCUCAGAUAACCCUCUGAUAGUUGGCAACCACAUGUUUGAGGUGACUGUGAGUGACUGCCGCCGCCGCCGCCCAUUCUCGAGCAGCAGCAGCAGCAGCUUCCUGCGACCCCGAUCUGCACCAUGCAGUGGAGACGGCGGCACUGCUGUCCCAUCAAGAUGACCUGGACCGUCAAGCGGUCGCUCUUCAGGACCCAUGUGGCCGGCCUCCUCUCGCUGGCUCUACUCUUCACCCUUUUCUUAUUUUUCAGCCAUCAGGAUUGGCUUCCGGGACGCAGCGGGCCCCGGGAAAACCCGCUGGCCUACACUGUCAGGGGCUUACGCAGCCCCAAAGGCGAAGCCAACCAGAGCAGCUCCCUGCGGAGCCUGUGGAGGGACACGGGGUAUGUGGCACCAAAGACUCUUCUCAACCUCAGCUCUCAGCAGGCAGAUGGGGCUGCGGGGGAGGCAGCAGCAGGAGGCGGAGGGGUUUCCAGGAUGGGGGUAAUGGGACUUGGGGACUCCAUGAGCACCAACAACAGUUUACAGAAGGAGAUGGGUGUGGGAGGGAGGCUCAGUGCUCAGCCCUACCGCUACAUCCUGAACGAGCCUUUCAAGUGCAGGGACAGGACGCCCUUCAUCAUCGUCCUGAUCGCUGCAGAACCCGGACAGGCCGAUGCCCGUAACGCCAUCCGUCAGACAUGGGGGAAUGAGAGCAACUCAAUGGGCUUAGGGUUUGUCCGUCUUUUCCUGCUCGGCACUGGAAAGAGCUCAGACACCUACCUGCAGAGCAGCAUAGAGGAAGAGAGCCUUGUUCACCACGACAUCAUCCAACAGGACUAUCAGGACACUUACUACAACCUGACCAUCAAAACGCUGAUGGGCAUGAACUGGGUGGCCACCUAUUGCUCACACGCCUCCUACGUGAUGAAGACAGACAGCGACAUGUUUGUCAAUACCGAGUAUCUCAUCCAAAAGUUGCUUAAGCCCGAGCUGCCUCCCAAACAGAGGUACUUCACCGGCUACCUGAUGAGGGGCUAUGCACCAAACCGAAACAAGGACAGCAAGUGGUACAUGCCGCCCGAGCUGUACCCAAGCGAGCGUUAUCCGAUAUUCUGCUCGGGCACGGGGUAUGUGUUCUCAGGGGACAUGGCCGAUCUGAUCUACCAGGCGUCCCUGAGCAUACGAAGGCUGCACCUGGAGGACGUUUACGUGGGGAUCUGCCUGGCCAAGCUGCGCAUCGACCCGGCCCCUCCUCCCAACGAGUUCCUCUUCAACCAUUGGCGGGUGUCUUACUCCAGUUGUAAGUACAGCCACCUGAUUACGUCCCAUCAGUUCCACCCCAAUGAACUCAUCAAGUACUGGAAUCACUUGCAGAGCAACAAGCACAAUGCCUGUGUCAACGUGGCCAAGGAAAAGAACAGCAGGUACAGACACCGAAAGUUUCACGGAGAGAGGCCUCCUUGACGCAUCCUGUGAUUACAACCCCCGCUCAAGAGAAAAAGGGAGAUGAGCACACUGUUACUACAGUCUUGGAGGGCAUAUGAACUCAGUAAUAUACACUAUAUGGGGAAAAGCACAUUGUUUUUGGUAUUGUGUACAGUCGAUGAUCCAAACUAUUUUUUUAAUUUGAGGAAAAAAUGUUAAGUAUUGUAAAACUGUUGAGCUAUUUCUAAAACGGAAGAUUGUCUGUGAUGUGGAGCAUAACGUGCUGCUGCUGUCUCAAGGGUGAUGUUGAGGAUAAUUCAGGUGCCAAGAGAAAGGUGGUUAUUCAUGCUACAGUUAAUGUGAAGGCUCGCCUCUAAAGGGUAUUAUAGUAUGUCACACUUUACAAAUCAAAAAAAAAAAUAGACAGUGGUGUUUACACAGAAAAAGGGAAAUGCACAUGUAUUUUGUCGAAAGUUACACUACCUAACUAUGAAUGAAAAUAUAUUUGACGUUGACCAGUUAUGCUGCCCGGUUUCUCAGUGUUUACUUUACAGAUUUAUCAAAGAACAUGACUCUAAAGAGAAGGUUUAUCCGUCAUAUACUGUAUUUUAUUUUUUUUAAAUCUACAUGGAAGCACUCACGUCCCGUCAGAGAUGACUGAGAUUGUAUUUUUUAAAGCUUUACAUUGAGUAUGACUCUGCACUUGAGCAAAUGUGCAAUGAAUUAAUUAACAAUUAAAUGUACUGAACUCAA